AAAAAUCUACAAGAUAUUUUCCCUUUCCGGGGCUCCUUCUAUCCGAUUCCUUCCAUUCCGUUCCAUUCCACCCUCCCUCCCCUCGCACACCCCCGCACCCCAUGUCAGCCGCCGUCCGCUCCCGCGCCGCGGCGGCGGCGCUCUCCGCCGCGCGCCGUAUCCACGCGGGCCGCGCCGCGGGGCAGAAGCAGCAGGGCGGCGGCGACGGCCCCGGCGCGCUCCGCCGCCCGUGGACCCUCUUCCGGCGCCAGCAGCAGCAGGAGCACGGCCGCCUCCCCCGUGCCGCCGCCGCUGCCCCGGACGCCGCCGCCGACCGCGGGGCCGGUGGGUCGGACGACGGGGAGCCGCCGGAGAUCUGGCGCCAGCCAGGGGAGGCCCCCGGGGAGCGCGCGGCCGCGGGCACCGUGGGGAGGAUCGACGUGGUUAGGGUUGCGGUUCCCGGCGGCGGGGAUGGUUUUGACGGGAAAGACGGUGCCGGGGAGACCGCGGGGUGGGGUGGGUCUAACCUCGGCCGGCGGUUCCCCACGCCCAAGGAGAUUUGCCGUGGCCUCGAUAAGUUUGUCAUCGGCCAGCAGCGGGCCAAGAAGGUGUUGUCAGUAGCAGUUUAUAAUCACUAUAAAAGGAUAUAUUGUGAAUCACUCUCCAGCAGGUCUGCUGGAGAUUGUAGCGAGAGCGAUUCGUGCACAAGCGACACUGACAUGGUAGAGCUUGAGAAAAGCAACAUCCUUGUCAUGGGUCCUACGGGCUCGGGAUUUCUGAGCAUAUCAAGUAGGAGUGGUACAUUCGAGAUUUUUCUGAACACGUCAGGGAAAACAUUGCUGGCAAAAACACUAGCAAGAUUUGUGAGCGUGCCCUUUGUUAUAGCUGAUGCAACAACCCUCACUCAGGCUGGAUAUGUUGGUGAGGAUGUUGAAUCUAUUUUGUAUAAGCUCCUAGCGGCUGCUGAUUUUGACGUAGCUGCUGCUCAGCAAGGGAUCGUCUACAUUGAUGAAGUUGAUAAAAUAACGAAGAAGGCUGAAAGUAUCAAUCUUAGCAGAGAUGUUUCAGGUGAAGGUGUUCAACAAGCACUGUUAAAAAUGCUUGAGGGAACGGUUGUUAGUGUUCCUGAGAAAGGGGCCAGAAGGCAUCCAAGGGGUGACAAUAUCCAGAUUGAUACAAAAAACAUUCUAUUCAUUUGCGGUGGUGCUUUUGUAGACUUGGAGAAAACUAUUUCGGAAAGGAGACACAAUUCUUCAAUUGGUUUCCGAGCGCAGGUUCGUUCAAAUAUGCGAACUGGUGGUGUCAUCAAUGCUGAGAUCACAUCUUCUCUACUGGAAUCAGUUGAAAGUGGUGAUCUCAUUGCGUAUGGAUUAAUUCCGGAGUUUGUUGGUAGAUUUCCAAUUCUUGUUAGUCUGUCCUCUCUCAGUGAAGAUCAACUUGUUGAGGUUCUCACAGAGCCCAAGAAUGCCCUUGGAAGGCAGUAUACCAAGUUGUUUGAAAUGAAUGAUGUCAAAUUGCAUUUCACGGAGAAGGCUUUAUGGCUUAUUGCCAAAAGAGCAAUAGCAAAGAAUACUGGGGCUCGAGGUUUAAGGUCCAUAUUAGAAAGUAUAUUGACUGAAGCAAUGUAUGAGAUUCCAGAGACACGAAGUGGAAAAGACAAAAUAGAUGCUGUGGUUGUUGAGGAGUCUGUUGGAUCAGCAAAUCAACAUGGGAUUGGAGCUAAGAUUCUUUGUGGCGAAGGAGCAUUGGAUCUCUAUCUGGCCAAGCAUGAUAAUAAAGAAUCAGAGUUCCAACAGCCGGAGAAAUCAAACCGGGAAUCUGAGAUCGAUGCAGAAGCCCCCUCUAGAGUGGCCAGCAUGUAGGGUUCCUGACAAAGUAAUUAUGUAUAUAAAUAACUUGCCGACCUUGUAACUGUAGCCAAUUCAAAUGUAAAGCUGUACCCUUGAAUUCAUCAUGUAUAAAGGCGGCUCUUGGGUUGUAAUUUAUCAUGUCGAAAUGGUAACUGGAGCUUGAUCCUUCAGACUUCACGUUCAAGAAAAGUAAAGGGGUGGUCCUGCUUAUCCAUAAAAUAUGAAGGUCUUCUAGGUUGGACAAGCAAGGCUGCCCCUGCCAACUGUCCACUGAGUUUACCCAUUCAUUUUACACGCAAAGGACAGCAACACAGCCUGCUCUGAUUUUUAA